AAUACACAGGUCAAGGUGCAUCGCAUUUUGGUUAUCCGCUAUGCUUAUAAGCGGGGUGUAAUCCUACUGGGAAACGACCAUGAUUACUUUCUGGGUCCAAUACUUUUGAAGCCGGAGCAAGGCGUCGUCAACAUACUCUCCUGCUUGAGAGGGGAAAGCGCUUAGGGUGUCUCCUUUUUUUUCUAUCGUUCUCGAGAGAUCGAAGAUGCUCUUCUUCUCGUAUUUCAAGGAGCUGGUGGGGAAGGAAGUGACAGUGGAGCUAAAGAACGACCUCGCCAUCCGAGGCAUCCUCCAUUCGGUAGAUCAGUACCUCAACAUAAAGCUCGAGAACACUAGGGUUGUCGAUCAAGACAAGUACCCCCAUUUGUUGUCGGUAAGAAACUGUUUUAUCAGGGGAUCGGUGGUGAGAUAUGUUCAACUCCCUCCCGAUGGAGUGGACAUCGAUAUUCUUCAUGAUGCCACUAGGAGAGAAGCCCGCGGUGGCUGAUGGUCCGAGCUCGGACUCCCCUUUUUAUAUCAGGGGAUCGGUGGUGAGAUAUGUUCAACUCCUUGAUGGAGUGGACAUUGAUACCCUCCAUGAUGCCUUGAGGAGAGAAGCGUGUGGUGGUUGAUAGGGUGUAGUUUCUUUCGAGUUUUUGAAGCUUGUUAUCAAUGCUUGCAGCAAAAUAUCUAUGUUAUUUCGAAACAUCUACAUUUUUCUUGCAUUAUUCUUGGUCCUUGGGAUUGCAGAAAUUUACCGAGUCCUUGAUAGCUGAAAUACUAUGCUCGUUUGAUA